UAAUGAAUCAAUAAUUAGAUGACUCAAAAGAAAGUGUAUAAUCUCAAUCACUAGAAAGAUAUCUAUAAAUUGAAUCUACUAAAAAUUCCUUGUCUCCAGUCAGAUAAGUAUUCACUGCUAGAAUUUCUUAAGAGUCUUCAAUAUUAAAGCUACAAAAUGGGAAAUUUUCUAAUUCCUAAACAGUCUUUCAGGAAGCUCUUAAUAAAAAGAAAAGUGAAUUAAUUAAGAAGCCAUAAAAACCAGUUAUAGAAAUGUCUAAGAAACCAAUUCUAUUACCAUAAAAACAAGUGAAAAGUAUCAUUACCAUACAUAAUAUAGAAUUUGAUAAAGUCUAAUAAAAUAUCAAGCAAACUUAAAUAAAAUCAGAGGAAGUCAAAAAGAAAAAAGAGGAUUAUAAACAAAAAGAAGAACAAGAAAAAUAAAAAAAAGAAGCAGUCUUAGAAUCUGAUGAAGGUAAUAAUUAAAAUAUAAAAUUUAUUAGCAUUUUUAGAGACUGUGAAUAGAUUAUAUGAUUUUGAGAAAAGAAGAACAAAAUAAUUGUAAAAAUUAGUUGAUGAGGAGAAAAAUAAAGAGAAAUAAUAAACUAUAGCUAGACCAUUUAUUAAUUAAAAGAGUUGUAUUCUAUUGGAUAGAAAACUAAAAUAAUUGAUUGAAGAAGAUGAAUCAUACAAAUAGAUUUGUUAAUUUAAAGAUAUGGCUAUUUAAGCAGAUUUAUUACCAAAUCUUCCCAAAAUUAAAGAUUUUUAAAUUAUUAAGUAUAAUAUUUCAUUUAUGAAAGUCAAAAGAAUCUGAAUCUUAGUAAAUCUUAAUAACAAAUUGUGAUUGUAAUGGAUUAAGAAUUAAAGGAAGAAGCAGAAGUGGCUGAAGAUGUUUAAUAUAAAUAAGAUUAAAGUCAUAAGGUUGUUUAAACUAAAGAGAUAAAAUAUAAAGUGGGUGAUACUAUUAAGAAAUAGGAAUAAGGAUAAUAGUCAGCAGAAAUUAAAUAAUUUUAAGAAAAAGAAACACCAAAAAAAUAGAAAGUUAAUAAUUAACGAUAGAAAAGGCAAGAAAUUAUGGAAAUUCAAGAAUAAAGAAUUAAGACUGAUUGUGAAUACUAUGUGCCUAUUCAUAUAAGAUAAUAAUAAAUUAUAUAGAAAAAACAAGAAUGGAUUAAAUAAUAAUAUGAAAUAAAGAAAAAUUAAGAAGAAGAAUAAGAGAAAUAGUUUUAAGAAUAAUGGGAAAAGGAAAGAGCAAAAUUCAAGAAAAAUAGUGUUGCAGAGGUUAAUGUGGAAGAAUUUGUUAGUUAAUAAAUAAGUUGGUUAGAGAAGAGAAAUGAUCAUAUUUUGAGUGAAUAAAUAAAAAAGGAUAAAGAGACUGUUUAAUAAUUAACAUUUAAACCAUAAAUUAAAAGGAGAGGAAAUAACAAUAAUGAUAAAAAUGAUAAAGUAGAAUUGAGAUUAUUGGAUUAUUAAUAGAAAAAAUAAGAAAACUUAAUGAAAUUAGAAAAUAAGUAUUUACCAACAUUUAAACCUAAUUUAACAUAGAAAUCAGUAAUUAAUAUUAAUUAUUCUUAGUUAUUAAGUAUGGAUUGGGCUUCUAAAAGUUUUAGUAAUGCUUCAUUUAAUAAUCUUUGGUCAUGA